UUUGUUGUUCUCGAAAUUGGACAAGUGCAGGAUGCGGUGUUUACGAGCAGUCUCAUCACAAACAGACACACGUCACUGGGUAAGCGCCCUGCAUUCACUUGUGAAACACCCCGCGAUCGGUGCCCAGCAGUGAAAGGAGCCCCACCAUUGUUGUGCCUGCCUCUAGAUUUAAAGCUUCCUGUGAGCCUCACUUCCGAAAGAACAAAAUCCACCAUCGUUCUAGCACGCUCAAGAUGGACCGCCCCAACAAGCCUUCCGCUAUUAGCGCCUCUGCGUCCGGCCCUCAGCCUAGUGUGCAUUCAGAGCGUGGCAGAAUUAUAGCUUCUCUACCAACUGGCGAUUCAGUCGAGGUCCUGCUAUAUGGUGCAACUGUGAUUAGCUGGAAAAGCAAUGGCCGCGAGAACUUCUGGGUGAGCGACGCGGCCAAAUUGGACGGCAGCAAGCCUGUGAGAGGUGGCGUACCCGUGGUUUUUCCGUGCUUCGGCCCUCCGCCACAAGACCAUGCAACCGGCAAGCUCCCGCAACACGGCUUCGCACGCAACUCGACAUGGGAGUAUAUGGGCGAGAACAGCUCCGAAUCCGGCAAGGGUGCAUCCGGCGGCGACGACAGCGUCACUCUUGACUUCGGUCUCUCCUCUGCUCAGCUCAGCGCCGAGGCAAAGCAAGCGUGGCCAUACGAGUUCGGUUUGGUGUACAGCGUGACGCUAAGAAAAGACGGGCUGCAGACCAUGCUGAAUGUGCGGAAUGAGGGCAAGGAAAGCUUCGAGUUCCAGAUGCUGUUGCACACUUACUUCAAGAUUCCGGACAUCUCAAAAGCAACCAUCAACGGCCUUGGCAGCGUGACCUAUAUCGACAAGAUGCUCAACGCUACAGAGCACCAGCAGACCAACCCAUCCCUCUCAAUCAACGGCGAGACCGACCGCGUCUACAUGUCCAUCAAGCAAGAUACCACAUCCAUCCUCUCGGAAGGCAGGUCGUACCUGGACGUCCAACGCGACAACCUCGAAGACUCGGUCGUGUGGAACCCAUGGAUCGAGAAGGCAAAGGGUAUGGGCGACUUCGAGCCGAAGGAUGGCUACAAGAAGAUGUUGUGCGUGGAGGUGGGCGCCGUGAAUGGGUGGCAGAAGCUUGAGCCGGGUGAGACGUUCGAAGGUGGGCAGAUUCUCAAGGCACACCUGUGAGCGGGAGUGCGGUUAUGAAGCGAAUAGCUGGUUUGUUGGAUGAGGACAUCCGCCGUCUGUG